AUGGAAUCAACCGGUCACAAGAUGUUCCCCGUAUCUCUUCAGAGCAACGGUGUGGUUUGCCCUGAAGAUGUACGCCAGUUGCAACAAUUCCAUUCUCAUGCGGGCUUGACCGACCUCAAAGCCAGGUCGGAUCCUGGGGAAUUGGAAAUGAAGAUCUCUCCCGAGACAUUGAAAGUCUGGAGACAACUCUCCCAAAAGACCCUCAGCCACCUGGCGGCAAGGCCGUUGCCGUUGGUGGCCUUUACGGAACCGACCUCACAACCUCCCAAAGAACGGCACGCCUGGCACAAUUCGUCUCCACCGGCUUGGUGGACGGCCCUAUCGACGCUGUUGGCGAAAUGA